CACCAACCCGCCUCUAAACCACCUUGUAAAACGCAGCCCUGCUUCUCUCUCCCUUUCACUGCACAUUCUCUUUUCUCCUUGUGAGAGUCCGCUCUUUUGCAACUCAUUGCCCGUCAAUCCUUGAUCUCCCAUCGCGCGUCUGGAAUACGUGCAACCACACUCUUUGUAACUUCUAUACAUUCUCCAAUUGACCGCCACCAUGGUGUCAUUUAUCUUGUCUGCCGUCGUGCUGCUCUCCGCACUCCUGCCUGUGACCUUCGCGCAGACGCAUACCGACUGCAACCCUCUCAAUACUACAGGAUGCCCUAACAUGCCUGCACUCGGCGGUAAUGCCUCAUUUCACUUCAACUCUACAUGGUCUUCGAAGCUUUGGAAAACCACAAAUGGCAAAGUUGACCAAUAUGACGACGGUGCUAAGUUCACUAUUGCGCGAAGCGGCGAUUCUCCCACCAUUGCAUCCUCCUUCUACAUACUCUUUGGACGAGUAUCUAUUGUCAUGAAGGCCGCGCCCGGCCAGGGCAUAGUCUCUAGUGCAAUCCUGCAAUCCGAGGACCUGGACGAGAUCGACUGGGAGUUCUUGGGUAGCAAUACCACUCACGUACUCACCAAUUACUUCGGGAAAGGCAACACCACCGAUUAUACCCGCGGCAAAGAAUUUGGAACGGAGAACCCGCAGGAAAAGUUCCACACUUACACAAUCGACUGGACGAAGGAGCGCAUCCAGUGGUGGGUCGAUAACAACAUGCUUCGAGAGUUGAAGUACGCAGAAGCGCUCGGCGGGAAGAACUAUCCCCAGACCCCCAUGAACAUUCGCCUGGGUAUUUGGAGUGGUGGUGACGUGAAGAACAACGAUCCCGGCGUGGUGGCCUGGGCUGGUGGCAAGACCGACUUUGACAAAGGGCCAUUCACCAUGUUCGUCCGCGAUGUGUAUGUCCAGGACUAUACUACUGCUAAAGAGUAUUCAUGGGAGAACAUGGAUGCCAGUGGCAGCUUUGAGAAAGUCAAGGUCAUCAAUGGUACUUCCGACGCUCUCACAGAAGCUCACAAGCCCCACGGCGUGAAGAACCGCUGGAAUGCCCUUUCCAAAGGCGUCCAGAUCGGGAUUAUUUCUGGCGUUCUCGGCUUCGUUCUCAUCUGCAUUAUUCUCAUCACGAUCUGCUGCGUCAAGCAGCGCCGCGCCGGCAAACGUGAGUUCGCUGCCCUCGAGGCCGAGCAGAACAAGGAAGCAUCUGAGCUUCUCGCAUAUAAGCAACAGAUGGCAAGUGGCAGAUUUGGAUACGGCAACAAUCGCGUAUGAGAGCAUUGGCAGGAUUGCAUUCGAAGUCGCGAUGAGAGAGGGGUGCAGGGAUAGUAAUGUUUCAGAGCAUGCCAAGGGUCUCACUUGUCCGCUCGAGUCCCUUCGUCCCUGCAUUGCCCUACUCACCAAAUCGGCAGCUCCUUUAGCGACAAGCGGAUGGAUAACGUGGUUGACUUGAUGGUGUGGAGGAACAAAUUUGGACUACACACUGGUUGAGAACGUCCCUUUCACGAAACACUGAUACCCUCCUGUGGCACGGCAAGCCUUUCAAGCAUCUGUGUAUCUAUUUCCUUUAAUCACGUGAGGCUUGAUGCCAUGCUGUAGAGAUGAAAUCCCAGCCUUUUCCAAUUUUCG